CGCCAACUCGGCUGUCGAGUUCCCGGGCCCGCGGCCGGCAGCUGGGACUCGGCCCUGCCCAGCUAGCGGGCAGGGGCGGUGAGACGCCGGCGUGCUGGGCUCCGCGCGGGAGGAGGGAGUCUAGACGCCAGGAGCGUCGCGAGCCCCGCCUUUCCCUCCUCCCGGUCCCUGGGGCUGGGGCGCGCGAGGAGGCUCAGAUCGGGGCGGACGACUGAGGAGGGACUGGGCUGAGGAGAGCUGGGUAAAGGCAUGACUUCCCAGCACCUCAGGGAAAAUAGGGUGCAAGCCCAGAAACUGUUUCCCCAUCACCACUUGUUGAAAAACUGAUUUGAAGGCAUAUCCGGGUUUGAACAAACGGAAAGGGCCAGGAUUUAAUGCGUCUUUGGUUUUGCGCUGGAGACCCUUCACUGCUAGGUAUCAAGACGAAAAAAACUGGAAACUUAUCCGAACCCAAUUCAAAGUCAGAAUGGAACGAUUUGUAGUAACAGCACCACCUGCUCGAAACCGUUCUAAGACUGCUUUGUAUGUGACUCCCCUGGAUCGAGUCACUGAGUUUGGAGGUGAGCUGCACGAAGAUGGAGGAAAACUCUUCUGCACUUCUUGCAAUGUGGUUCUGAAUCAUGUUCGCAAGUCUGCCAUUAGUGACCACCUCAAGUCAAAGACUCACACCAAGAGGAAGGCAGAAUUUGAAGAGCAGAAUGUGAGAAAGAAGCAGAGGCCUCUAACUGCAUCGCUUCAGUGCAACAGUACUGCGCAGACAGAGAAAGUCAGUGUUAUCCAGGACUUUGUGAAAAUGUGCCUGGAAGCCAAUAUCCCACUUGAGAAGGCUGAUCACCCAGCAGUCCGUGCUUUCCUGUCUCGCCAUGUGAAGAAUGGAGGCUCCAUACCCAAGUCAGACCAGCUGAGGAGAGCAUACCUGCCUGAUGGAUACGAGAAUGAGAAUCAGCUCCUUAACUCACAAGAUUGUUGACAAGGAGGUUACCACCAUUGUGAUCAAGAUAAAUAAUGUGGAGUAUUAAAAGUUAUGUGUUGAUUGUGUGGUUCAUUUUUAUAUUUAUUUCAUUUUAAAUCAUGUGAUGCAGAAUAGUUUUGCAAUGUAUAUACAGUUGCAGGCAAAAAAUUUAAAAAAAAAAAACAACAAAAAAAAAACUCACUGCAAAAUGUAUUGUUAAUUUUAGUCACCAAUGGUGUAAAGCAAAACUUAGGGUUUAGAGUGUGCUAGGAUACCUGAAACCUGAUGGUUAUCUUUAAAAUUGAUGGUUUUUCUCCUGAAAUGUUUGUGCAUGGAAGAACUGCCCUGCUUUUUUACCCUGUUGCCAUGUAUAAUUAUUCCUUGUGAGAUUACUUAAUUACUUGGAUUGACGACUAGCCUAGGAAAUUGAAGCUGCUGCCAGGCAAUACCACUCACAGUAACUUAAAUUAUUUCCCUGAUUUAGAGGAUCCUCAAAAAAGAAGGGAGGGUGGGAAACUAUUCUUAUAUCUUCAGAUUCCUAGCAGAAAAAGACUGUUUAUUGCAGACUAUGCUUUACUUGUAAAUGAUGUAGUUACCUUAACUAUCCUUCAGUUCCUCACUGUCUUUUUUCCCUUUUUUUUUUUAAAGGCUUCUUGUUGUAUUUAGUAGCAGCUUCAAGUGACCAAAAGACUGAAAUCUUCAUGUCAGUGCCAAAAGCCACGGGGAAUUUUGCAGUGAUACGAUUUUAGUCUCUUAACUAUAAACAGACUUUUGAACCAUAGCUUUUAUUUCAAGUGUCAUCCUGAAUUUGCAAACUUCUUUUUUUAUGUCAUGGUAUUAAAAGACUUCAAGAUUGGCAUUUUAAUUUAAACUAGACAUUUUAUGAUUGAGUUUCCUGUUUUUACAGAGAAUUAGCAAUUACUUUUUGACUGACAAAUCAGAUAAUGAGAUUACUUUUUAUGCAUUAAUUUUCCAUAUGAUUUUAUAAAAGUUUAUUUAGAUAAAUAGACUAGAAAUAAGUUUACUUACUUUCACUUUUAUGUGCUUUGCCUCUGGUGGUACAAGGUUUUUAAACAUAGAUGAUAAACCAUUGUCUAGAAAUACUGGCAAGGUUUUUUUUUGUAGUGGCGAUCUGGCAGUAUCCUGCAUAACUGUUUGGGUGAGGAAAUAAAUCAGUUCUGUUAAAGGUCAACCAUGUUCAGGAAAUGAGCUCUAUCUGAACUUCACUAUCCUGUAAGGUUAAUUAAAGUAGCUUAGCCCAGUUGUCUUUGUUGGAUACCCUAAAUAUAUUUUUUAAAAAUUGAACAGCUGAAAACUUGGACUAGAGCUUUAAAAAAAAAAGUCUUAAAUUCUUUGAAAACAUUCAAGUUAAAAGUGUUUAUAAAAUAUAUUUCUAUUACAAGCACUGAUAAUUGAUGCCCUAUGUGAUGUAGAGGGAGUUAUCCUUGAGAUCAUUUUACCACAAAUCUUCAUUUAAAAAAAGCCAAAGUGAGUAAGAAAAAGAUUUAUGUUUUUCAGAAACAGCUUUCUAUAUCUUUUUUGGUAGAUUCAAGUUCCUAGUUUGGGUUGUCAAAGUGCCCAUCUGAUUUUAGAUUUAUGUGAGGUUUUUUGGUUGUUUUCAUUUUUAAAUAAGCCUGCCACCAAAAAAAAAAAUCACUUGUCAAAAUUUGAGCUACCAGGUCUUCUCAUGUUCAGUUACAUUAAAGGAGCACAAUUAAUGCCCAGAAUAGUGCUCAUUGAUAAAGCACAUACAAGAGGAGACCAGCAGCAAAACAUAACCAAAAUGUACUUUGUUUUUACUUCUAAUAAAGGAUUUGCAGGCAACCAUGUUUGAUUUGAAUUAUCUAAGAUGGUACAAGAUCUACAAAGCUAGGAAAAUAAUUGGGUUUUAUAGCAUUCUUUUCAGAAUACAAAGAUAAGGUUAGAUAAACAAUCAUUCUAAUUUUUUCAAGACUCAUGAAUCAGACAGCGCCCUAUUUAGAUACUAAUUUGCACUAACAGCAAACACGUAGUGGCAGAAGAGCUUUGAGUAGUCCUCAGCAGUAAACUGGAUGAUGUUGCACUAGAAAAACACCAAUAAUUCACAUUUGAGUAUUUAGUAGUUAAAACUAAUUUGAUAAUCGUUUAGGUCCCAUAUAGCUUGAUGUAUUUCUCCAGGCUCCUAACUUUUCGCACAUACACUAUAUCUAGAGGCAUAAACUGUCCUUCUGUUAGGAUUAUAUCAUGUCCUUAGAAGCAUUUUCCAUCCUGUUGCAGAGGUUUAAUAUGUUUCUUUACUGAUUGUGAAAUUUUUCGUUCCCUGAAACUGGUUAACUUUACUUCAUAGUUAAAUAGAUAAGGCAGAAUGAUUGUAUUAGCCUGCUCAAACUGGUACAAAUCUGUGAAACCAUGGUUGGCAUACGUUGGAUAAUGAACAGAAUAUCUAAGAGGCAUACGCUGCUGUGGCGUGUAGUGGACAUGUGUACAGACGCUUUCAACCUUAACUAUAGUGUUAGUGUGAUGCUAUACUAUUGGAAAGAAAUAGCACAUUAUUUUCUGCUUUAUAAGUUGUAUGCAUAAACAUAAGAUUUGUUAUGUUUCAUUUAUAAACUGCCUUCAACACAUGCUUACCUGUUAAAAAAUAGCGUUUUCUCAAAGUAUGGUAGUAUGUCUUCCAGAAUUUCACUAUAUGCUUACAGUAAAUAGUUCCUAACUUGUUGAAAUGUUAAAUUCCUUGUUGGUUUCUUUUGAUUGUCCGGGGCAUAUAGCAAGCCUGAAAGACAUUAUAAUCAUUUCUUACAGGGUGAAAAUUUAGAAAGGUUGCGUACUGGAGCCUAAAUAGUUAUUUUAUUCAUUAUCAUCUUUGAGUAAGACUUCUUUUAUUUUAAACAAAUGCUACUUCCAGUUAAGGCAUUUGGCCCUAUGAAUUUUCAGGGACCAAAAUACUUUAAAGUUCUGCAUCUUAAAAUUGUAACCAAUUAAGUAUCAGCUUGGGAUUGUUCAGAAGUAUUCAUUGCUUAAAAACUCUUGUAAGUGACAGUUGGCAAGAUCUUGAAGCAGAAAGUUCCACAUUCAGAUCUUUUGCCUGAAAGAAUCUGUACGUAAAUGUUAAUAGAAAAUACAUUUAAAAAAAAUGUAAGGUGGCCCAAAACAAAAGCCACAAUUUGUCAUUUGGUGCUUAGUCUUUGUAAGGGCUCUCUGUGGUUUGACUUGCCCCAGCUGCCUUUAAAUGAGUACAGAUCACUUUCAAACAUGUUUAUUAAAUAGAAAAUUCAUUCUAUAAUUUAAUUGAAAAUCUUAGCCUAAAAUAAGUUGUUUUGGCUUCUAGUCAGCCCUGAUUAAAAUGUGAAUAGUGAAGUGACUAUCCUAAGCCUGGUUUAUCUCAAUCCAUACUACCAUAGACUUUUGAGGUAAAUACAGUUCUUACGUAGUGGUAUUCUACUUGUAUCCAGAAUACUGUAUUCAUUAAAAUUUUACUAUGUUCAUUUGUGUAUUCCCUUGCUUAUUUUUUUGCUCAUGCAUGUAUACUUAGUAUAAAUUGUUGCUUUUAAAGUUUUGUCUCUGUGACUUUUAGAAAUAAAUUUCAAAAAUUGUUUCAGAA